CAAGUCUCGAGAUUGCAUAACUUCGGUUUUGAAUCCACUCCAGAACCCAGAAUAAUCGUCGCUCUGUAUAUAUUUAAAUGAUGGCUGCUGCUGAACGGCCAGAUGUCGAGUAUAUCAAUGGGAAGAAGACCUUUGUGCCGCUAGAAAACAAUCCAGAGGUGAUGUCCCAUUUGAUACACCAUCUGGGCGUCUCUCCAAAGCUGGGAUUCUACGAUGUCUACAGCAUUGAUGACCCGGAGUUGCUCUCCUUUAUUCCCCGCCCUGCGUAUGGGUUGAUCUUCAUCUGCCAUGGAGACGUCUACCAUCGAGCUCGAGACGAGGAAGAAGCAUCAAGGAAUGAUUAUGAAGGAUUUGGCCCAGACGAGCCAGUCCUUUGGUUCAAGCAGACAAUCGGAAAUGCCUGUGGCUUGAUGGCCUUGUUACACUGUAUCAGUAAUGGCCCUGCGCGCCACUAUGUUCAGCCGGAGUCGGGCUUGGACAGGCUGCUCAAAGCAGCCGUGCCACUGUCUCCCGUUGAUCGUGCGAGAUUGCUCUAUGAUUCCCCGGUACUGGAAAAUGCGCAUCGUUCGGCCGCGCAGAUGGGAGACACGCGGGCUCCGAUUCCCAGUGAUAGUUGUGAAUUCCACUUCAUUAGUUUUGCUAAAGGCGAUGAUGGUCACUUGUGGGAGUUGAAUGGUUCGAUGAAAGGCCCUGUUGAUCGCGGUGCCCUGGCGCCUGACGAGGAUUGUUUGAGCGAGAAUGCCCUAAAUCUGGGAGUGCGCACACUCAUUGGGAAGAAAAGUGAGACCGGUGAGGCCGGGUUCGGCUUCAGUUUGGUGGCCCUUGGACCCAGCUUAGAAUGAAUGCAGGGCUUCAGAUCGUUGUAACGGCAGAGCGCCAUCAAGGUCCUCCAUAACAAGGAAUUGAUGACAAAAGUGCUCGAAUAACUUUCUUCAUGAUUUUCCUUCGCUUAACAACAGCAAUAUAGUCCAUAAGCAAUCCACCAAUGCUCUGGAACUGUG